AUGAAUACCAACAAUUGUUUCCUGUCAGGAGAUAUUAUUUCAUCGAGUACAUAUAACAAUUCGUCACUGUUAAACAAAUUAACUCUUUCCAGAACUUUGUUCAUUAAACAAGUAGCUGUUGGAUCAUCAAAGGUUUUUUUAUUCACUUCGGAAAACAAAUUGAUCAUGUUGCAAGAUGUAGAGAAUACUGAUCUUGUUAAAAAUCUACCUCUUGAUGAUCGAAAUGUUCUAAAAAUUGCUGCUGGUCAUUCGUUCAUAAUCAUGACUGACAAGUCAAUAUUCAGAGAAUACAAAAAACUUGAGUUAGAAAUUAAUCCUAAACAUGUAAAAAAAUUAAUUUCCAAGUUUGAUGGUACUGCUCUUAUCACACAUAAUUCUGAAUUGUAUAUUUGUGAAAAUUAUGGAAAAGCUUUCAAAAAAGUAUCAACAGCAAAGGAUUCAAAAUUUUCUCAUGCCAGUUUUGGAAGUUCUCAUUCCUUAAUAUUAUCGGAAAGUGGAAAUUUAUAUACAACAGGAUCAAAUACUUACGGUCAAUUAGGCAUAGCACCGAUGAUUACGCCAACUGAAUUUAUCAUGAUAGAUAAGACCAUUGUCAAGAGUCCUAUAAAGUUUGCAGAGUGUGGUUAUUUUCACACCAUUGCCGUUACUGUAGAAAAUGAAAUAUUUGGAGUAGGAUGGAAUGCAGUUGGAGAGCUAGGUGAUGGUUCAGUUGGAGAUAAGACUGAAUGGGUGAAGGCAACAUUUUCAGUGCCGAAUAAUGUUCAAAUUAAUUAUUUAACAGUUGGAUAUCAGCAAUCAUUUGUAGUUUUAUCUGAUGGGACUAUUUUCUGUUGUGGAUUUAAUAAUUAUGGUGGAUUAGGACUUGGGGAUACUCAAAGCAGAUCCACUUAUGAAAAAUUCAAAACAGAGCAUGUACUAGAUAAUGGAGUGAUCAAAGUGAACAAACCUAUUGCUGGAGGACAUUUUACAUUUUACUGUUUGGAUCCAGAAUUUAAUGAAAGCAAGGGAGAAAAACAGUUCAAAGCCAAAAUCUUUUCUCAAUACCAAUCAAGGAAUAAUUCUGAUAUAAUAAUUGAAUGUAAUGACGAGUAA